UGCAAACCACGCCACACGCGCUCUCGGGGCUAGAGAACUUGGCAGACUGCGAGCGGUAGUCUCAACAGUCCAUAAGCACGCGACGCGGCAUCGCUUCGCGCUGUCAGACCCGCAGCUGAACCGUACAGAGCAAGGAUGAUCAGCCGCGCCGGCCACGCCUCGCACGUCGCGCGGAAGCUGGGGGACAUCGUGAAGCUGCCUCUUUUACGGAAGGAGCAGGCGCCGCGGAUCAAGGAGAUCUGGGCCGAGUACCACUCGAACCGAGCGGACGCCGUCGCGCGAACAUUAGAGGAGACGCAAGCUACAUUAUUAGUGGAUCGCGCCCAGGCGGCGCCGCUGCAGCUCCACCCGGUAAGAAGAGGAGAGGGCCACUUUCUAUUGCUGUCGCAGUUUCAGCACCGGAAGCACUUCCUGUUCACGUUUCUCGAGGACUACAAGAAGAACCCCGCGCUCGCGCGGCCGUGGCUCACGAUGACCCUGCACGACGACCUCGCGAAGGAUCGGGGGUUGGUAUUGGUGCGCGGCGACGUCGAGAAAGAACUUGCCAAAAACGAGGCGGAGUUUUUGAUUGAUCAAUGUGUACAGAGCUACUGCGUGUUGUCGCGCUUCUCGGCGCCGUCGGGGCCGCUGACCUUCAACCAGGAGCCCAAGAAAUUUGAUUUGGACGGCAUGAUGCGGGGCUACCCCGUCAUGCGGCCAGCGUAAUCCUAAUCUUGUCUUUAUCGUAAUCCUGAAUCACCGGCGAUUCGCCGCGUCGACCUCCACGCCAUCGACGCGAAACCUGCUCGAUGGCGUGGCGAACAAAUAGGUAACGUAUAUUAGACAGAUCUUCCC